CACAGAAUGGCAUCGCACCCGGCCGGGCCGCCCGGCCACCCCCGCUCCAAAUCUAUAAAAGGCGGCCAACGCCUCGGCUCUGUGCCAAGAUCUAGCAACCAAAGCGCGACCGCAAACAGCCGCCACUGCCUAAGGACGGUAAGCGGUUACGAUUGCGUAGCUCCCUCGAGUGAUCCUCAGCCAGUCCAGCAAUCAAGAAACGCGCGCAGCAAUGGCCUUCUACUACGGCAUGGGCGGACAGUCCUCCUCGUCGGUGGCGGAGAUGGUGAAGGCGCCGCGGCCGCCGAGCAGCAGGCCGUGGAGCAAGGCGGAGGACAAGGCGUUCGAGAGCGCGCUGGUGACGUUCCCGGAGCUGGUGCCGAACCGGUGGGCGCUGGUGGCGUCGCGGCUGCCGGGGCGCACCACGCAGGAGGCCUGGGACCACUACCAGGCGCUCCUGGCGGACGUGGACCUCAUCGAGCGCGGCAUGGUCGACGCCCCGGACUCCUGGGACGACGACGCUGCCGCCGCCGCCGGAGGGCGCUCGGGGAUUGGCCGUGGCCGUGGAGGAGGGAGCGGAGACGAGCGCCGGCGCGGCGUGCCCUGGACUGAGGAGGAGCACAGGCUGUUUCUGGAGGGGCUGGAGAAGUACGGGCGCGGCGACUGGCGGAACAUCUCGCGGUGGUCGGUGAAGACGCGGACGCCGGCGCAAGUGGCCAGCCACGCGCAGAAGUACUUCAUCCGCCAGGCCAACGCCGCCAGCCGCGGGGACACCAAGCGCAAGAGCAUCCACGACAUCACCACCCCGUGACCGUCCGGCGGAGUACGACAACAAGCAAGAUCCAGUCCAGGCUAUCUUACCUGCAUUCACCCUGUAGCUUCUACCUUUGCGAGACGGAAAAAAACAGCCGUCCCUGUGGUUGUACAAAUGUAGGCUAAAAGCUAGCUUUGGUUGGAAGUAUGGAAUCUGGCAUCAAGAACUUGUAUUGAGUGGUACUCGUAUGAUCGAGAAUAAACUGUGCUUCAGUAUCCCGAAGGAUUUUGACAGUCCAGCGCAGGGUUAUCAACAGAAUGUAAACUACUGUUGGCGGUCAUGGCAAGGGUUUGGCACGAGUUGUCAUCAGGUUGGUGAAAUCUAUAUUACGUAUCGAGUGUGAUUUUUU